AAACAAAAAGUAGAACUCUUCUUUAUCGGAGGGCCGAAGAAGAUUCAUUUCCGUGAUAAACAACGUGCACGAUGUCAGACAGUUUGUAGCAUAUUCGGUAUUGUAAUGGAGAAAGAAAUACAGUCUUUGAGAUUGCAACUUGAACAAAUAGAUCAAGAAAACAAGAGAUUAAGAGACCUUUUGAAAAUUCAAGAUACUGACCCACAUGUAGUUAAUGAUAAAUUGGAACCAAGGUCUUCACUAUCAAAUGCAGAAAUAGGGAGAUACAGCAGACAGUUGAUUCUUCCAGAAAUCGGAGUACAAGGGCAACUGAAGUUGGCUAACACAUCUGUAUUGGUGGUUGGUGCUGGGGGCUUAGGUUGUCCUGCUGGGAUAUAUUUAGCAGCAGCUGGAGUAGGUAGAAUAGGUUUCAUAGACUAUGACGCAGUAGAACUGUCCAACCUCCACCGCCAGAUUCUUCACUCGGAGGGAAAAGUGGGCGUGGCAAAAUCUUCUUCAGCAGCCUCUGCCUGCAGUCAGUUGAACUCUCAUGUGCAAUGUGUUCCGCACCAGGUACAACUUGACAGCUCAAACGCACUGCAGAUCAUUAAGAAUUAUGAUAUUGUUUUGGAUGCCAGUGAUAAUGUAGCCACACGCUACCUGCUAAAUGAUGCUUGCAUUCUAUCCCAGAAACCUCUGGUGUCAGGAAGUGCUCUUAGGUUUGAAGGACAGUUGACAGUGUAUGGUUAUAAAGAUGGACCCUGCUACAGAUGUCUGUACCCCAAACCCCCUCCCCCAGAGACUGUCACCAACUGCUCUGAUGGGGGUGUGCUGGGAGUCAUUCCUGGGAUUAUCGGAAGUAUGCAAGCCUUAGAAGCCAUCAAAAUAGCCUGUGGAAUGGAAUCCUCCUUUUGCCAAAAACUGCUCUUGUUUGACGGACAAGAAGGGACAUUUAGGACUAUCAAAUUGCGGCCAAAACAGCCAAACUGCAUUGUUUGUGGGCAGCGGCCAGAAAUUACAGAGUUGAUUGACUACCAGCAGUUCUGUGGUUCCCGACCCGAUGAUAAGGAAAAGUCAUUGAGUGUUUUGGGACGUGAAGACAGGAUAAGCGUUCAGGAAUACAAAGAGGUUUUGGACCUUGGACAAAAGCAUGUGCUUGUUGACGUGAGAAUGCCAGUAGAAAUGGAGAUUUGUCAGCUACCUGCUGAAGUUUAUAAUUUGCCUGUCAACUGUAUAGACAGAGAGGACCGUUUAGCUAGCCUGAGGGAUCACAUAGUGUCUAAAUCAGCAAGGGGAGAGAACCAGCCUUUCCCAGUAUAUGUGGUGUGUAGAAGAGGAAAUGACUCACAAAUUGCUGUCCAAAAACUCAAGAACCACAUCAAAUCCGAGUCCAUCAAGUUCAAAGACAUUAGCGGGGGCUUGUAUGCCUGGGCUAAGCAUAUAGACACCGAAUUUCCUGUAUAUUGACAGAUCAUUGCAUAAAAACUCAACCAAUUAUGUAUGUAAA